UCCCCCGAAAUCUCACUCUGUCUCUCUCCCCCGGAAAGGUUCUCUCUUUGUCUGAAAGGCUCCGCAUUUUCUCUCUCUAAAACCCCAUCCUCUUCAGUGAACUUACCCUCAAUUUCUGGCUCUGCUUGCUUCCGCAGAUCUUCAAAGGCUUAUUGCGGAUCCAAAGGUGGGGUUUUUAUACAAAUUCUAGGGUUUUAGGGGCCUUCUCUGCAAUGGCCACUGCCUACCCCUUUGCCGUCAGUGCCGCCCAGGUUGGGACAUACUUUGUGGGGCAGUAUUACCAUGUUCUUCAGCACAAGCCAGAGUUGGUGUUCCAGUUCUACUCUGAUGCUAGCACCAUGGUUCGAAUUGAUGGCAAUGCUAGGGAGACUGCGACCGCGAUGCUACAAAUCCAUGCACUUGUUAUGUCACUCAGUUAUACCGGAAUUGAAAUCAAAACUGCACAAUCUUUGGAUUCUUGGAGUGGUGGUGUUCUUGUGAUGGUUUCUGGAUCUGUGCAACUUAAGGACUACAGUUUGAGGAGAAAAUUUAUGCAAACGUUCUUCCUUGCACCACAAGAAAAAGGAUAUUUUGUUUUAAAUGACAUUUUUCACUUUGUUGAAGAGGAACCAAUUCAUCAUCACCAAGCAGUCUUUCUAGCUCAGAACAAUCUUGAUUCAAAAUUGAAUGCUCCUACCACAAAUAAUCCAGUCUCCAGCUACCUGCUUGGUGGAGAUUUACAGGCAAGGGAGUUUGUCACUGCAAAUGAGGUUAAGGAAAAUGGCGUAGUUGAUAAUUAUGGAUUUGCAGAGCAACAAAUUCAGCGCGUCCAUGAUUCUGAACAUAUUCAGGAGCAGGUUGUUGCUGAAGAGUCACAUGGUUCACUUCAAUCAACUGUCCAUGUUGUGCAAGACCAGGUACCUGCUGCGGAAGAGUCUUCUGAGGAGCCUCUAAAACAAACUUAUGCUUCCAUAUUACGGGUGGCCAAAGGACAAUCUGCACCAGUUGUAGCUUCUCAGCCAUCGCAAACAAACGUGUCCUCCUUGGAAUGGGAUAAUACCCCACUGAGUAGCAAUCAACAAACAACUGCUUCAACUAAUGCACUUGAUAGGUUUGGAACUGAUGCAGCUGAAGAGGUCCCUGCAACAGAAGAUGAAGGUUAUUAUGAAAUCAAAUCUGUUUAUGUGAGAAACUUGUCACCUGCUGUCUCUGCUGCUGAUAUUGAACAGGAAUUCAAGAAUUUUGGUAGGAUCAGGCCUGAUGGUGUUGUCAUAAGAAGCCGGAAGGAUGUCGGUGUUUGCUAUGCAUUUGUUGAAUUUGAAGAUAUGAGCGGCGUUCAUAAUGCAGUCAAGGCAGGAUCUGUAGAGGUAGGAGGAAGACAAGUAUACAUCGAAGAGCGGAGACCAAACAGUAACAUCCCUUCCCGUGGAGGAAGAAGAGGUAGAGGGAGGGGUAGCUAUCAGUCAGAUACCCAAAGAGGGCGUUACAGCUCGAGGAACCUCGGCAGGGAAAGUGGCCAAGAUGGAGGUGAAAGAGAGUAUAACAGACCGAAAGGAAAUGGUUUCUAUAGACCAAGUCCCCGCCACGAGAGAGGAUAUUCAGUGCACCAAGCACCAAGAAAUGGUCACAAUCAUGCUGAGUCAACAUAAAUUUUUUUGCCAAAAGUACCAAAUUGAAUCCAGAAGAAGACACUUGAGUUCUAUAAUUUUUGAAAUCUUAAAUUAUGGCUUAUUAUUUUUGUUAAGGGGCUUCAUGGUUUAUUUGUUUCUUCAGGAAUUUUCAUUAUGAUUAGUUGGCAGGUCUAAAAUAUCCCUUGGGUUGUUUAAUGACCAUUGAAGUAUAGUUAUUUUCAUCUAAGGUUCAUGAUUACCUCAUAGUUUUAUGUUGUUUGAUGAGAUGAUUUUGAUGCAACAAUUUGUAUAUUGUACAUUGAUCAUAUCUUGUCUUUUCCUGUGCUA